UUUGUUUGUUUGUUUGUUUGUGGGGUUUUUUUGUUUUGUUUUGUUUUGUUUGGGGGGGGGAGGGUAUUUUUUCUUCCACACCUUCACCGGUGCUAAUAGAAGAAUCCACUUUGGGCCUCACACUUAGAAGGAGAUGCCUGGCCAUGAUUGCAGGUUCUUUCACACGGUCAGAUUCUUCCUGGGAAGUCACAGGGUUCCAUGCCUGCAGAAGUUCUUGCUGGAGCUAGGUGGAACUCAUUGUUUGGUUAAUUUCUAAGGGCUUGUAAAGGAGAGGAACAUAGUACUAAAAAAAAAAAAAACCAAAAAACAACAACAGCUGAAAAGGAAUCAGCUGCUGAUGGUGUUACCCUUGGUUAUGAAUUUAAGUAGGGGCACAUAACUUGGACUAGUUUACUUUUUACAGCACCUUGCUAGCACAUUUUUGUUUAGGUGGGCAGAAUUGCUGCCUUAGGAUUCAAAUAUGGUUAUAACUUUAUUACCAUUAGAUUAAGGCAGCACAGUGUUGCUGAGACACACAGAUGCUUUUCAUGUUAAACAUCUGGAAUUGCAUUAUGCUGUUUGAGUGCAGCAGAAGUCUAAGUGGGAAUCAUGUCAUUUUUAUGAUACAGACUGCAUUUAGUAUAGGUCCAUGUGGUGGGUACAUCACAACAGGCACCAAUUAAUGCUUUGUCCAAAGUUAACAAACAGCAUUGCAGAGCAGAGAGUGCAUUUGAACUGCAGGCUUGGAACUACAGUGAAAUGGAGAAAUUCAGGGGGAGUUCAAAAUCCCUGAUGAUGGAUGAAAUCCAGCAACCACCUGAGCAUCGAGUUCAUGCAGCUGUACAAUCUGUUGCUCCCCAGUCUGCAACACAUGAAUUUCAGGACAGAGGUCAUGACAAGCCAGGUCAAGAUGGGUAUACCCAGAGUCAAAGAAGAAUGUUAAAAAAAUUCCAAAGCAGAUACCUAGCAAGGAAGUUUUUCUAUCUGUGGGGAAAAAUAACAUUUGGACAAGUUCUCCCUUCCAAAGCCAGAUGUUUGUAUGAUCAGAAGAUUCUUCAAAAAGCUUUUGGAGAGUGGAAGGAGCAGUGGACACUUUGCAGAGAAAAGAAGCUCAGCCUAAGAGCAGACAACCAUUACAGGCAUUUGCUCCUUAAUUUGAUAUUCAAGGCUUGGAGAGCCUAUGUAUGCCAGCAGCAAGGAAAGAGGAACAAGUAUUAUGUUGCAGAAUCUCAUGCAAAGAGGCAAACUCUGCUCAGGACCUGGCAGCACUGGCUGGUUUAUGUUGAUGUUCAAAGGACAAAACAUGGGAUGCAGUCCGUGGCACUGGCAUUCAGAAAAAGAAGCUGUUUGGGCAUUUCAUGGGCAAUGUGGAGAAGACAAUACUACCAGAAAUGCUCUGGACAUAAAAUGAAUAUUUUGGCUUUGCAGCAUUGGGCCCAGAGCCUGCAAUUUCGAGCUUGGUUGCAGUGGCGAGAGCUGUACUUGCACACCCAGAAUGAAAAGCAGAAGGAAACCAGGGCAGUAACUCACCAUCAGCACUGGGAAUUGAGGAGAUGCAUGGGAGCAUGGCUGGGAUACCUGAACCUCCACAGAGUAAAGAAACGCCAGAAUGAGCUGGCCCAGGAGUUUCACCGGAGCAGGACACUCCGGAGGUGCUUCUCGGAUUGGCAGCUGUCAUGGGAGUGCAGGAGAAGAAUGCGUGCUCACAGAAGGGACCUGGAAAAACAAGCAGCAAGGAUUGCCUUAUGGAGGGUGUUUGCACACUGGAAGCAUUAUGUUGUGCUGUGUGUGGAAGAGGCUCAGCAGUGUGAGCUGGCUGAAAAGCACUACAAGUGUCACCUGUUGGAACUUGGCCUUAAGGGUCUUCGGCAGAAUGUCCUGGACACUCGUCUUCAGCGAAUGAGAACAAACCUGUCAUCCUGUCAGCAUCGAGUGACAGUGUUGCAGAAGUACUGGAACCGUUGGAAGUCCCGUUUGGAAGAGAAGGAGGAAGAACAGCAGCAGGCCUUAACAUCAGUGGCUCAUGCUCGUUACAGGAGGGUGUUGAUGAGACAGGUAUUUGACACGUGGCUGCUGAAGACCUGCCAGCUGCAAGGAUAUCGAAUGGGAGAGAAGAGGGCUGUGCUCCAUUUCCAAAGGCAGCUCUUGCGCUGCUGCUGGUCCUGCUGGCGGAGAAGAGCAGCUGCACAUCUGGAGGAGCAGGAGGACUUGGUUCGUGCAGGAGAGCACCACAGUAACCAGCUGCUGCUAAAGGCCUUCUGUCUGUGGAAACAAAAGGCUCAGGAGAGAGAAACAGAGAGGUUCAAGGAGACAGAAGCAUUAAGAUUUCACUGUUCAAAGUGUCUGCAGCAGACUUGGAACAAGUGGAGAGAGUACGUGGGACAUCAGCGUGAGAAGUGGAGGAAGCUGGUGCAGGCAGACCUGCAUUAUCAACAUGUAUUGCUGGGCAAGACCUUGGCAGCUUGGAAGAUUUACCAACAAAACAUACAGUGCAUUCUGUAUCAAGUAGCUGAGAAGGAGAAACAGCACACUCGACUGCUGCUGCGACAGGUGGUGUGUACGUGGAGAGAAAAUGCUCUUGCUCUUAUACAUGAAACUGAGGCAACUACUCGGGCAGAUGAGCACUACAGGAGAGCAAUCCUGUCAAAGGUGCUGCUGCAGUGGAGAGACACUGCCUGGCUACGAGCCUGUCACCGCCACCUGAAGGUGACAGCUGUGGUGGAGGCCAGGAAACAGUUGGAUUUAGUGCGUUUACAGAGCCUGUUUCUGCACUGGAAGGAAUUAAUGAGGGAGUCUCUGAUGCUGAGGGCUCAGCACCACAGGGCAGUGCAGCACCACCAGCAGCACCUGCUCCAGAAGCACCUGGUGAAAUGGAAAAGUUAUCAUCAGCAGUGCCUUGGGAAAAAGCUGCUGCAGAGAAGGGGAGAUGAGCUAAUGACUCAUAGACUUUGCUCUGCUUCCUUCUCUUGCUGGAAAACUCGGCUGUUGCAGCAGCAAUGGGAAAAGCAGAAGACAGUGCAGGCAUUGUGGCACUGGUCCCUUUCAGUGCAGAGAAAGGUAUUUGAUGCUUGGCUCAGGUUUGCCAGGGGGCAGCAGGAGAAGAAAGAUGGCAUUGAAAAGGCCACAGGAGUUCACCACACAACUCCUUUGAGAGAAGGUGUAACCUGUGCCUUGAGAAACACUGCUGGCAUCAAGCAGCUGCAGGGACAGCUCCAUACUCAGCCCCAGCUGGAGAAACAAGUGACAUUUAAAAGGCCUGAUGUUAGUCCUGAGACAAGAGGACAUUCACCAGAGGAAGAGCCAUGGCCUUCAAAAUGCAGACAUCUACCACUUCACCCUGCUGUGGGGGGCUCAGUGCUCUGUGGCCUAAAUGCCUUUCAACGAGUCAGGUUACCACCACGGAAGCCUGACUUCCCUCUGGAAUCUCUAGAAAGCAAGGAACUGCUGGGACCUCCUUUUACUAGGUCAGAGGUGCCCUUUCAGCAAACAUCUGUGAAUAAAUGUCCUGCACAGCCUGGGAACUUAAUGCUGACACCUCACCUGGAAGAAAGUACCUGUAAAUGUCUGUCUCAGGUGGACAAUGCUGCUCAUCCCCAUCCCUCUCUCACUUGUGCUUCUCUCCCCCUGUGGACCCAGGACAUGCACCGAGCUGGGCAGGGGCCAGAGCUGUGGUCUCCUGCAUCUUUUAUGUCCCACAUGAAAGCUGGCCCAGAAGAGAGAGGAGGUCAGCCUGCCAGUGGUCACAAAGGAGCCCAUUCCCAAGACUCUCAACAGAAUCCUGUGGAGAAGAAGUUGCCACCAAAUUUGCAGCCACAUCUGCUGUCAUCUGAAGCCUUGGUAGGAACAGGGAGUCACCAGACUGCAGCUGAAGGGGAAAAGAGGAAGCAGAGUUCCAGAGAAGAAAUGAUGUUGGAGAGAAAGGUGGAAGUUGAACUCUGGCAUAUCCAGCAGCAGAUGCAGUACUAUUACAGCAGGAAGCAGGAACUCAAGUGCUGUCAGCAGCAGGCACAGAUUCUGCAGCAGUGGCUGGAAAUGAGCAUGCAACCAGGAGCCCAAGAUGGUGUGCAAGGAGUUCAGGAAGAAUUGGGUCAGUUGCAGGUGAGGAUCAGCACUCUCACCUCAGCACAGAGGGCUGAGAGACAUCACGUGCAGGCCCUGCUUGCCCGCCUGCGAGAUAUCCAGCUUGCCCUGGAUCUGUAGGAUCUACCAACUUCCCAGCUCAGGGGUAGGACUUUUUGCCCCUUUCAUAGCAGGGGACAAUGGAAGAGAUGUAUCCAUUCAUUUAGUUCUAUGUAUGGAAUUUAUAUUUGAUAAAUUAAGUGAAAAUAAUUUUGCUUUUUUUUAUUGUUACUGUAGCUGAUCAGAACCAAACUGGAGCUACAACUACCUCAUGCUGUACUUGCAAUACCUAGUUUAGGUUACCUGUCAUGCCACAAAGAUAAGCAACACAGAUAAGACUCUUUAUUUCAAAAUGUUUGCAAUUAAAUGAGUUCAUGUCAGUAAGUCAUACACUUUGACAUACAAAAAUACCGUGCUACUGAUACAGUUGAAUUAAAUGGAUUCUCCAUGCAGGAGAAAUUCACAGCAUUAUCAGUACCCUCGAGGAACUUUUUCACUCCUGGGGUGAAUUGCUGGCCCCUGCAUCACAAGCAAUGUUGGUUUAUUAGCUUGCUCUGCACAGUAUUAAAACCAUCAUAACAGCCACUUGCAUGCUGAAUCCUCUCUUCCUUCUGAGAUUCCUAAUAAAGCAAACAUCAAGCAACCCAUCCUCCAUCACUAGGCUAAUAUCUACCUUCAGAUACUAUGGAUGAUGCUGCUGAGUAGGAAGAAAUUAAAGCUUAAACUUCCUUUGGCUCUGUCUGGAUGUCAUAGACCCCAGUGGAAAAGAAGGAAAAGAUUCAGUUGUCUUUUUCUCUCAUCCACUGGAACAAAUUUGAUUUCUCUUGUUAACAUGACACUGAAGUUUAAUCAAAAAGCUCACCCUAACUUUAUCCUCUUGGAGCUGAUAUUUGCCUUACUCUUUUCUCACUCUCAAAGGUUUAAAAAGACUUGUGUCUGGUACUAUACUGCUGCAGGAGUAAACUUGCUAAUACCAAGAACUUUAACAAGAUAGGUGGCUGAGAGCCACUUCAAGCUUCCAAACUCCUCCCUGUGUGAGGAAACACUGACUCCUGGAGCCAAAUGAAUUUUCUCCUGCUUGUCACCCAAACAGCCACCCUCAUGUGACUCAUGCCUGGCUCCAUCACUUAGAGGCAGUUUAUCAUUCCUUCCUUCCCGAUGACAAGCUAAGCAUACAGGACUUGGCAAACUGGACAUUUGUACAACAAAAUUAGAUUCUAUUUUCUGCAGUGCAUACAAAGAAGGUUUCUUUAGGAGAUCAGAGCUCAUCAAAGCCUGUCAUCUCCUUGAAGUAGCAGAAAAGUAGCUCAAGCAAGGAAGUAGUAGGAGAAAUCUUUCAGAAAGCACAAAGGCAGGUUUCAUAAGCGUGUCCACUCCAACAAGCUCUGGAUAGCAAAAUCAUGUUUGAGUGCUGGGACUUGAAACAGUUUAUUCUCAAAAAACAAUUUAUACAUUGCUUUAAAACUCAAUUCCUCUUCACUUUGGCAGUGGUUUUUGUCAGUGCCACAUGCAGUAGAUAGAUCCAAGGUGUUAGAUUUUAACUCUUCUUGAUGUGAAGUCACAAAGAGGCUUUAAAAUUUUACAGUGGAUUAAGCUUCAGCUCAAAGAUUUCAGCCCCCAGCACAUUCCUAGCAUAAAGUAUGAGGGUAUAAGUCAGAGCCAGUGUGGUUUUUUGUUUUGUAUUUUGAAUAAGAUGAAGUUGUUGCCUAGUCAAGGGAAGGCCAGACUAGCACCUGGGAAGCAACAUGGGAUUUCUUUAAAGAGCCAUAAAUACUUUAAACACAGUCAGUGCAUAGGGCAUUUCACUCUGUACAAUGAAAAUUGGUCCUGAAGUAGCUGAAGCUCUCCUUUAACAGAGGAACUAAUUCUUCAAGAAUUUAGUGACAAAGUAACAAGAUACAUAGCAGAAAGGAAAAGCAUACUUUAGUUGCCCUCAUAUAACCCAGCAAAAACAUGCCCUGUGUCUUCUAACUCCUUAUUCCAAGAGGUGAAGUUAACUGUCUUUCAUAAAGACAAAAACUUUAAGGCCUGGAAUAGCAAAAUAAAACCAUGGAUUAGGAAGAGGACACACAGUUUUGUCUGUCUUAAAAAAAUAAAAGAAAGAAAAUCACAAGAUGACAAGUUCUGUUGUCUGGAAUGUAGCCACUAUUUUCAGGUUUAAAAUACAGUGCAAAGCCCAUUUUUAAAGCAACAAUGUCAGACAAAAGAACUAAAGUUGUCUAACAGCACAAAACUCAGGAUGAGGGAUGAGUGUCACUCAUUGUACUGACUGACUGUUGUAUAUUUUGCUUUGUUUGGGCCAUGAAGCCACACCAGCAAAUUUCACUGUUUGGCCAUCUGGCAUUCAGAGACUGCUUUUAUUUAGCAAUUUGGGUGGGGUUUCUUAGAAUAAAAUAAAUAUGAGAAUAUAUUCUUUACUCAAGGUCUGAAAAACAGAUUCUGUAGAUACAAGGUCCAAGGUCUGACUCAGCCUGUCAGUGUCCCUUUAAAUACAGGUAAUCUCUACCUCCACCCUUUCCUACUGCACCUGCCUAGAAAGGCUUAAAAGGGACUUAGAGGCUCUAAGAACAUAAUUAUCCUGUGGCACAUUCAGGGGAGAACAUGAAAGACUACAGGCACAGGGUGGGCCUGAAACCACCAUGGGCAACAUCUUUAAAGGCAGCUGUACCCAAUACAUCCAUGAUCAUUCAAUUCAGUUUCUACAUUCAGCAGCAGGUAAAUGUAGACCAAAUAUUUUCAAGUUUAAUGAAGCAGUGACAUCUUUCUUCCUCCUCACCCAGGUCCUGCUGAGUGAUACAAACUUGAUAAGUGAAACACUCAGUGGUGUGGAAGAGUCCCUUUUUAUAGAAAAUCUUCCUGC